GUGCGCCCAAAUUGAGUGCAAGAAAUCAAACUCCUGACCAAAGUGUCUCGAGAAUCACAUGGCGCUUCUUCAAUCUCCAUCGAUUUGCUUCCCUCUCGCCCUUCUCCUUUCUCUCCUCAUAAACUCGUCUCAAAGCUUCAACCCCAAAUCGCUUAACAUCUCGAAAGUUCAGUCCAACGGUGAUUGGUCGCCGGCAGGUGCGACGUGGUACGGGAGUCCGAACGGCGCUGGAAGCGAUGGUGGCGCAUGUGGGUAUGGGAGUGGGGUCGACCAAGCUCCAUUCUCUUCAAUGGUGUCCGCAGGAGGGCCUUUUUUCAAAUCAGGCAAAGGAUGUGGAGCUUGUUACCAGGUGAAAUGCACUGAAAAUGCGGCUUGUUCCGGGAACCCGGUGACGGUCGUUAUAACUGACGAAUGCCCUGGUGGCCCUUGUGUCGCUGAAUCUGCUCACUUCGAUUUGAGCGGCACGGCUUUUGGAGCCAUGGCGAGCUCCGGCAAGGCCGAUGAACUUCGCAACGCUGGGGUGCUGCAAAUUCAAUACCAAAAAGUAAAGUGCAAUUUCCCCGGCGCGAAGGUGGCGUUCCACGUUGACUCCGGCUCGAACCCCAACUAUUUCGCUGCGCUAAUUGAGUACGAGGAUGGGGAUGGCGAGCUCGGCGCCGUCAACCUGAAGCAGGCUCUAGACUCUGACUCUUGGCUUCCGAUGCAACAGUCGUGGGGCGCGGUUUGGAAGUUGGAUGGCGCAGGCCAGCUGCGCGCUCCAUUCUCGAUCAAGCUCACCUCUCUUGACUCCGGCAAGACCCUGGUUGCCAACAACGUGAUCCCCGCUGGGUGGCAGCCCGGACAGACGUACCGGUCGGUCGUCAACUUUGCUGUCUAAGGGUUGUGCGUGGUUUGCUUGGGAGACGAAGAAAUGGAGAUUGAUCGUCAGUUAAUUUGGCUCUGUAUGUUUUAUGUGACAGGCAAAAUUAGAAUAUUGGAUGGUGUGGAAAAAGAAAUUAUUUUGCUUUUUCCACUCUGUGUAAUCUAGUCAGCUAUGAGCUACCUCUUGGAAAAGAGAGUAGUAGUGAGAAAUGAAUGGUAUUGUCCUUUGAAAA